AUGGCUGGUCAAGGAAUCGUUCACGAGUUUGGUUUUGGAGCAAACUCUAAUGCAGUGUUGGGAGAAGACAAUCAAAAUGUCCAAGCCCAACAUGUGGAAGAAAUAAGUGAAAUCGAAGGGCUUGCUCGCGCCUGGUUCGACAGCCUCCCUCCGGGAAAGAUCAAGUCGUGGGUUGAUUUCAGAACACAGUUUGUGAAUCAUUUCAGUCAACAAAGACGUUACCAGCGCGACACAGCCGAGGUAACAGACAUUUGGCGCAGAGAGAACGAAGGUUUAGAAGAUUUCAUCACUCGCUUUAACAAAGAGUGUCUGGAAAUUGGUGGUGUAAGCGAGCAACUCAUGCGCGCUCACUUCAAGAAAGCCAUUCGCUGUGAUAGCCUUAUCAGGACUAUCACAGGAAAAGAUGGAAUGCCCAAAGAGUGGGAUAAGCUCAUGGAAGCCGCGAAGAUAGUUGCGCAAACUGAAGAGUCACUGGCUGGCAACAAAAACUCUUAUAGCGAGGAUCGAUUUUCUAAGGGAAGCUCGCACGAUAACAACAGACGAAACAAAGGCAAAAACCCUGGGUGGAGAGCCAACCACUCCAGCGGUUGUGACGAACGACCUCGUUAUGAGGAACGAUCUCGCUACAAAGAAGACGCGCGAGACACUAUCGAUCGCAUUGGGUACAGGAAGGCGGUCAGGAAUGAGAAUCGAGAAAAGCAUUGGACUCCGCUCAUAAAGACACCUAAAGAGGUGCUCAUGAUGGAGAACCAUGAUUUUAAGGCGCCAAGGCCUAUGACCAACAAGAAGGGGCAAGACCCCAACCUGUAUUGUGACUUCCACAAGGAUACAGGUCAUCUGACUGAUGACUGUAUCAGCUUAAGGCAAGAAAUCGAAAAAGCACUGAAAAGUGGAAAGCUGGGUCAUCUAGUAAAGAACGUACGCAAAGGGACACGUCAGAUUCAGCGCAACGAUGAUGGAAGAGACAAAAAGGUCAGACGCUUAGAAACACAUAUGGUCAACAGACCAAGAUAUAGCGCGAGAGAUAAAGGCAAGCGACCUUUCGAACCAGCAUGGCAAGAGCAACAGGAUAUCUUCCCGGUGGUGCGCGGGGGUCCACGCGCAACGCGCCCCAUCGUUAUUACCGGCAUUAUCGACCAUUACGAGACAGAGAACGUAUUCAUUGACCCAGGAAGUACAGCAGAUAUCAUCUAUGAGCAAUGCUUUAAUCAGUUCGACGAUGAAGAUAAAGCAAGACUUGAGCCGGUCGAUUACCCUUUGUCGGGAUUCUGCAAUGAAAUGGUCUUCCCACUAGGCCAAAUCAGCUUCCCCCUCACGCUUUCUGACGGGAAGCACUCAAGAAUAACAACGGUCAACUUCAUGGUGAUGCCUGUCAAAUCAAGGCAUGAUGUUUUGAUUGGGAGAGAACCCCAAGGAGAGCUCAACAUGGUAACUUCCACGCCUCACUCAGCAAUCGGGUUUCCAACCGAGACGGGGGUGGCAAUUAUCUAUGCAAAAAAGGAAGUAAUGUCGGCAGAUGAGAUGCGCCCAACCAAAGCGCCAAAAGUCUCAGCAACAGAACCAGAAAAAUGGGUUUUAAAACGCAAAUACCCAGAACAAACGGUGACGAUAGGCCACGCUAUCUCAUCAAACAUCCGAACGCACCUCAAACAGCUUUUGUUCAGGAAUAUAGAUAUUUUUGCCUGGACUCCGAAAGACAUGACCGGUGUCCCGUGCGACGUUACCAAGCACUGUCUGAACACUUAUCCCUCCAUUAAACCAAAAGUAAAAAGAAGGCGCAGUUUAGGGGCGGAUAAGACCAAAGCAAUGAACGAGCAAGUCUGCGAGUUGUUGAAAGCAGGAAUUUUAAGAGAUGUGCGCUAUCAGAGUUGGGUGGCAAACCCCGUAAUGGUAGAGAAGUCAAACGGAGGAUGGAGAAUGUGCGUCGAUUAUACCGAUCUCAACAAGGCAUGCCCUAAAGAUUGUUACUUUUUGCCUGAGAUUGACAAAAAGAUAGACUCUCUCGCACCAUACAGAUGGAAAUGCUUCCUAGAUUGUUACAAGGGGUACCACCAGGUUCAAAUGAAGCUCGAAGACGAAGACAAGAUAGAUUUCAGAACCGAUCUCGGCAUCUUCUGUUAUACAAAGAUGUCGUUCGGUCUCAAGAAUGUCGGCGCGACAUACCAGCGCCUGAUGGAUAAAAUCUUCGCUGAUGAUAUUGGAAAACACAUCAAGGUCUACAUCGAUGAUCUGGUAAUCAAGAGUCCCGAAGAGGACCAAAUGCUAAAGGAUAUUGAGAAAAUGUUCAACUCGUUGAGAAGUGUGAACAUGAAGUUGAAUCCUGCCAAAUGCUCAUUUGGUAUGGAAGAAGGGAAGUUUUUAGGCUUCAUAGUCACAAAUGGCGGUUUCAAAGUAAACCCAGAGAAGGUUCAAGCAAUAGAGCGAAUGUUGUCGCCAAAAACAAUCAAGGAGAUGCAACGAUUAGCCGGCCGUUUAGCCACGCUCAACUGUUUCCUAUCAAAUCACGCCGCAAAGUCAUAUCCUUUUAUGAGCACCUUGCGCAACUGCGUCAAGAAGCAAGAAUUCAAGUGGACACCCGAGGCAGAAGCCGCAUUCCAGCAGAUGAAGGAAUGUUUAAUAAAGCUCCCUACUCUGACCGCGCCGUACAAGAAGGAACAACUCAUACUGUAUUUAUCUUCUUCGGAUAAGGCAGUAGGGUCGGUAUUGAUGGUAGAAAGAAACGGGGUACAAGCUCCAAUUUAUUUUGUCAGUAGGGUGCUUACAGAUCCAGAAACGAGAUAUUCAACAAUGGAAAAGUUGGUGUUGGCGUUGCUUCAUGCUUCUAGAAGGUUGCGCAGAUACUUUACAGGGCAUGUAAUCACAAUACUUACCAACUUUCACAUCGGCACAAUAUUGCAAAAACCAGAGACGUCUGGGCGGUUGGCAAAAUGGGCGAUCGAACUGGGGGGCCACACCAUCUUGUAUAGGCCGCGCCCAGCCAUCAAGGGUCAAGUCUUGGCGGAUUUCGUCACAGAAGUCCCAGUGGAAAAAAUCAAAGAUUGCGAGAUUGUUGAGACUCCCAUGAAAGACACAUCUAAUGAGUUGUGGUUACUAUACACUGAUGGGGCAUCAAAUGAGGACGGGGCAGGAGCGGGGUUGCACCUUGUGAGCCCCGAGAAGCAUGAAUUUACAUACGCCAUUAAGUUGGAUUUCAAGAACACUAACAAUGAGGCGGAAUAUGAGGCAUUCCUGGUAGGCUUAUGCCUCGCCAUAAAAAUGGGGGCUCAAAAUCUACAGGCACAUGUCGAUUCGCUUUUGAUCGCCAGUCAAAUCAACGGAAUCUAUGAUGCAAAAGGCGAAGUUAUGGCCUUAUAUUUGGAUCAGGCGAAAGAAUUGCUUCAACAAUUCAAGUCAUACAAGGUAGUUCACAUCAAUCGCUCUGAAAACAAACCAGCAGACGCCUUGAGCAAGCUCGCUUCAACUUCCUUUCAACAUCUCGCCAAAGAUGUAAGGAUUGAAGUACUCAAAAAUCUAUCAGUCCUGUUGCGCCAGGUAAAUGUGAUCGAAAUAAGGCAACCAUCUUGGAUGACCCCUAUAAUUCAAUAUCUGCAAGAAGGAAUACUCCCAGAUAGCAAAGCAGAGGCAAGGAAGAUUCAAAACAAGGCCCUGCAUUAUGAGAUGAAUGGUGGUAUUUUAUACCGAAAGUCCUUCUUGGGGCCCUUAUUGCGCUGUGUGGACCCCCAAGACGCGAAUUACUUGAUUAGGGAGAUUCACGAAGGGAUCUGUGGCAUCCAUGCAGGCCCACGCAUGGUUGUCGCGAAGAUUAUGAAUGCUGGUUAUUACUGGCCAGGGAUGCAUUGGGGAAUUGAUAUGGUAGGACCUUUCCCUGAUGCUCCGGGAGCCGUGAAGUUCAUAAUCGUGGCCGUCGAUUAUUUUACCAAAUGGGUGGAGGCCAAAGCUCUCGCCUCAACUACUGCAAUGAUGGUGCGCAAGUUUAUCUGGGAACACAUCGUCUGCAGAUUUGGGCUCCCACUCAAAAUUGUCACCGACAACGGCACCAACUUUGCGUCAGAAGAUCUCCAGAAGUGGAUGAAAGAGAUGAAAAUCGAACACACUUUCACCUCCUAA